AUGGUGCGGAUGAACGUGACCGUUGACCCGGAGCUUGAGGUCAUAGUGACGGUGGAGUUCAUUGAAGCCCAGCGUAUGGCUGCAACUGAAAGCCUCCUACUCUUCGGCCUCUAUGCUCUCCUAGCUUCAGUAUAUCUCGCCGUGUUGUAUUGUCUAUGGAGGGGCGGCUUGCGUUCGAACCUAAGCAAAGUACACCUAGGAGCCGUCACCGUGAUGUUUGUAUUGACGACAGUGUAUAUCGUCUCGGACGCGCUUUACCUCAGAGGGAGUUUUGAUGCUCUUCUGGAUCCGACUGGGAGCACGAAGUUCGCCCAGACCGCGAACGUUGUCAACAACAUUGCAUACGCGGCGUUCUCUACAACCGUCACUAUAGGAGAUGCCAUCAUCUUGUGGCGCGCGGCCAUGCUUUGUGCGUGGCCUCGCUGGGUGAUGUUUACGUGUGCUAUUGUCAUCCUCUUUCAAGGAGUAGCGUGGAUUCUAGGCAAACACUACAGCUUCUGGAUCGCGGCGCAGGCUGUCACUCUCACAACGAGUCUUGCCGCAACCAUUGCCGUUACCGCAUUGGCAUGGCACCAUCGCACGAUGCUACGCAGCAAGAUCGCUAUGGUAUCUCGGCGGAGCGCAUUCGAGAGCAUCGUAACGAUCUUGACAGAGACAGGGAUUGUAUACACCAUACUCUGGGGAGUCUACAUCCCAUCCCAACUACCUUCAGCCGAACACACUACAUAUAGUGUUGUGAUGUCCGAUAUCAUGACCAUUUUUGCGCCACUAUACCCUAUGACGAUAGUCAUCGUGGUCGCGCUACACAGGUCAGAACUCGAGGACUCGAAGCUCACCAGCAUUGAGCCCAUCACGGUCGCCGACGCCGAGCGUAUGGAGUUUCUCCCACAGGAGACGGUGGUCGACAUAGUCCGUCCUGAGUUCAACCCGUACGACAUGAUUCGCAAGUGA